AUGAAUCAAGAAAUUUUUAACAUUAGCAGCAAUGAAGUAAUUUAUUGGUCUUUUUAUCGAUUCUCAUAUUCUAUACUCCAACUGAAAAUGUUAUCGGCAGAACACGAAGUGCAGGAAUUGAGGACUUCCAUAGUUUCAAACUUGCAAACUUCGAUAAGACGGAUUGAAGUCUUAGUUCAGCAAGUAUUGAUACCGACUUGUUAG